AUGAAGCGGGCGGUGGGCCAGGAGGUGGGGGUGGAAGCGGCAUACCGGGUUCCCACCUGGUUUGUGACGCUGAACGUGAGCGGGCCGACGUUGGCGUCUCAAUUGCACUGGCAGAAGCGGCUCGUCGAGCACCAGGAGGGCCUUGAGAAGAACCAGAAUCGUUCCGUUGUGGCAAUGGAUGUGGGAUCUGGAUCUGAAGAGGACCCGGCCGUGAUAUCGGAACAGGUGGUACUGGAUCAGGAGGGCUAG